CCUCCUUCCUUUCCUCUCUUUGGUAUUUCCAGGAAGACCAAGGCGUAGAAUAAAAAAACAAUGCAACUUUUGCUAGAACCACUACUUGACUGCUUGGCUUGCCACAUGAGUGGUCAGACAUCAGCUUACUGAUUCCCCCACCCCGUCAGGAACGUCUUUGACACCUGUCUGUUCCCCCCCCCCCUUCUCUCUUUUUUCUUUUUGAAAUGCUGUCACCCCUCCAGCCCCAAAAAACCACUUAUGUGCUACGAUAUAAAAUUCCAGGAAGUCGAAAAAUGUGUGUAGCAUCAAAACAUUUCCCUGUUGAGAAGCUCGCCGCCUUCCUUUCUCGCGAGAGCCUGUUUUGGCUCUCUCGCCUCCAGAAAGCCCAAAAAAACAAACCAAACCAAAAAAUCCCCCGAGACCCGGAAGACUGGCUAUCCGGGAGCCUGGACUGGAGAUCAGCGGACCAACCAUGUGCGUUCCCAGGGUUGUCCGGUUCCCAGUCGCUUGGGUCAUCGAGAUUGCGGGAAUGUCGGAAUGCUGGGGUGGGAGGGAAAGGAGGAGGGGCAAGGUUGCAUCGAGCAGGGUGAAAAAAAAGGAAAAAAAAAAAAGGAAAAAAAGGGAAGGAGAUAGAAAGGGAAAAAAAAGAGGGACGAGUAAGAAGGGAGGGUGAGAGAGAGAGACAUGGCGCGGAAGGGAAACGGAAAAAAGAAGAGUAGUGUCUUAGC